GGGGUGUGUGGCGGCCCGCUUCUUUCAAAGGGACGUUGAAACUGUUUAAGGACCCACUAGCACAUAAUUUAUUGGCAGAAUAAAAGCGGGUGAGAGCGGCGCCUUUCCGCAGCUCUGAACUGGUCACGGCUCCGGUUUUCUCUCCGGCACCUUUCCCAACAACCCUGUAAGGCAGGCCAGUAUCAUGGCUGCCCCACCCCCACCCAGAGCUGAGUCGACCGAAAGGGUUGCUACUACUAGUGAGUCCUCGGAGUGGGGGCGGCCCCUGAGUCCCAGCCUCGUUUCGGCCACGGCCUCGACGGGCAGUCUCUGUCCCUACUGACCUGCGCGAAGUAAAGCCCGGCCAGCCGCCUCGUGGCCAGACGAGGGCGCAGCCCUUCAGCCGUCCAGGCUUUGCUCCCGGGGGAAGCGCCGGUAGCGACCCCGGCCCUGCCGGGCAAGGGCCUUCGCGGCGAUCCACCCCCCAUCUCCAAGGGUCCUGCCGCUGCGCCCCCCUUCCUGCCGAGACCCUCCCCAGAGGUCCGCCUCAGCGGCGCCCCCUCCCCGGUCUCCACUGCCCGGCUGCGCGACGGAAGCAGGGGAGGAGCCGCCCCCUGAAUAGACCCCGCCAGCUGGGGCCGGGCUUGGCACCGCGAAAGGCGCGGCCAGACCGGGAUCGGGCGCGCUGCACUGAGGAGGAGGCGGCGGCACGACGGGGGCAGGGUGUAUGAUCUGCCUGGGCCAGUCGACCUUCCUUCGGUUCAACCACCCGGCUGAGGCGAAGUGGAUGAAAAGCAUGAUUCCCAGCGUGGGGCGAAGCCCUGCACCCCAGCAUGGGCUCACAGCAGAGGCCCAGAGCCUUCUGAACGGCAACCAAGAUACGGCGAAGGCUUCCCGGCACAGCCACAGCGCCCUGGUCAGCUCCAUCGAGCGAGACUUGCAGGAUAUCAUGGACUCCCUGGUGCUGGAGGAGGAAGGCAGCACCCCCAGGCAGCACCCCAGCAGCCGCGGCAAUGCUCCGUCGCCAGAUUCCUCCGUCGUGAAUGGCAGGGGCGGGCGCUACCUGCUGUCCCCUCCCCAGAGCCCUGGCGCCAUGUCUGUGGGAUCCAGCUACGAAAACACCUCCCCGCCCUUCUCUCCCCUCUCCUCUCCCGCAAGCAGCAGCAGCUGUGCCAGCCACUCGCCUGGCACCCAGGACCAGGGCCCUGCCCUGCCUCCGGUGGUGCCCGUUCGCUCUUCUAGUUUCAACCACACCAUGCUGACUCCUCACGGCGGGGCCAGCCUGGACCUGCCGAGCAGCACCGGAGGCCCGAACCCAACACGGGGGCCGGGGAGCCCGCGGAUGGCUCGGAGGGCCACACAGGAGAGUCCCCGGAGUCCCACGCCCAGCCGCAGGGCCCGGCCCUCAGGGGAGAACCCCCGCCCGGGCCCACGCAGCUCCCCUCCACCUGCAUUGCCUGCCAGCCUGAGCGAGAGCCUGCCGGGCAGCCCUCGGGUACAGCCACCCACCAGCCCACGCCUGGCCCCCAAAUUCCAGUCACCCUCCACCCCACGGACCAAGGCCACGGCUCUGCAGGAGAGGCCUCCCAGCCCUUUCCGGGAAGCGCGGGACACGCCUGCUGGCACCUCCCGCCAAGGGCUGGGCAAAGGCUUCCCACCAGCUGAGCCUGCGGGAUUUGUGCCUCUCAGCCAGUCGAGCCGGGCCCUGCAGCCCCCCGAGAGCCCCCGACUCAGCCGGCGGCCUCUGGAGAGCAUGCGGGAACUGCCUCCUCUCAGCCCCGCCUUGUCCCGCCGGGCAGUGUCGCCAGCCCCUCACGGCGGCCCCCCAGUGCAGGCUAAGGCUGGUGAGCCCCCCUGUGGCUGGAGGAGGGAGCCUCUUGAGGACCUUACGUCUGCCUCUUUCUCCUGUCUGCGGGGACGCAGCCCCUCGCCCACCCUGCUCUCCAGGGAGCCUGGCCAACGCAAGCCCAGCUACGCAACCGGCCUGAGCCCCGCCUACAGCCUGGGCUCCCUGACCUCGGCCUCGCCACGCCAGAGCCCCCGCCUGCACCGGAAGUUGUCUGGGGGGCUGGAGCUGACGCCAGGGCCCCUGCGGGAGCGCAAGCACAGCAUCUCAGAGCUCAGCGGCGACGAGGGGGAGCUGAGGGAAUACCAUCGGUGGCAGCGCCAGGAGCGCCUCCGGGAACAGGAGAUGGAGCGGCUGGAGCGGCAGCGACUGGAGACCAUCCUGAGCCUGUGUGCCGAGUACACUCACAGCGAUGGCGAUCCAGGCCAGGAGCACAACACCUUCCCCAGCGCUGCUGCCGAGGGUGCUGGCCAGCUGGGAAGGAGGCCCUCCAAGGGCUCCAUCAAUCUUGGACGAGCGAAGGAGCAGCUGGUGGGAACCCUGGGCCUGCGGGAGAGGGAGAGCUUGGAGCGCUCGGAUGAGGACCACCUGAAGGAGGAAAGCAGCAGCACUGAGAGUGCCGGCCAGGAGCACGAAGAGCCACCCAGCGCCAAAGCCAGCCGGGAGGCGGCUCUGUUGGAGGAAGAGCGCACCCGUGUCCUGGCCAGCGUCGAUCAGCUGAAGAGCCGAGCUAAGGAGCUGGAGCAGCAGCUGCAGGAAACAGCCCGAGAGGCGGAGAUGGAGCGGGCCCUCCUGCAAGGCGAGCGGGAGGCUGAGCUGAUCCAGCUGCAGCAGGAGCAGAAGGCAGUGAAGCAGUUGCAGGAGCGCAUGUCUGGUCUGGACGCCGCCAUCCACCGGGACAAGGAGAGGGCAAAGGUUGAUGCUGAAAGGAAGGAACUUGAGCGACUGCGGGCACUAUACUCUGAGCUCAAGCACCAGCUUGAUAACUGCCCUGAGUCAAUGAGGGAGCAGUUGCAGGACCAGAUGCAAAGGGAAGCAGAGGCCCUGGAGACGGAGACCAAGCUCUUUGAGGACCUGGAGUUCCAGCACCUGGAGAAGGAGAGCCGCCUAGAGGAGGAACGCGAGAUGCUCAGCCAGCAGCUCCUGCACAGCAAAGCCGAGAGCCACCGCAGCAUGGCACGGAGGAAGGAACGCCUGGCAGCGCUGGAGAGUCAAGCCAACCAGAUCAGGCUGCAGGCUGCCCAGGAGGCUGACCGGCUGGGCAAGGAGAAAGCCACCACCUUGCAGAUGCUGCAGAAGGAGAAGGAGACCCUCCUUGCGCUAGAGAGACGGUACCGGGUGCUGACUGGUGGAUCCGGCUUCCCCAAGGCCUCUACAGCUCUGCGAGAGUACGUGACAACUGACCAGCUGGCAGUGAUUCUGGGCAGUGUCAGGUCGGCUGUAGGGCUUGCCCACUCCCCCAGACCCCCCGCGGCAGACACCGCUGCUUCUGCCCUGCCAGCGGCGCUGCUCUGCUCCUCCAGCUGCCCCCAGGUCUAUCGCUCCAAGAUGGACGGUGGCUCCAGCAGCUUGGCUUGGCCCAAAGGAGGCAGCUCCUCGCAGCUGAAUGUGGCCACUCUGGGACGCAGCCCUUCACCCAAGAGCUCCCUGUCCCCGCAAAACGGCACCGGCAGCCUCCCUCGGAAUCUGGCCAGCACCCUGCAGGAUAUCGAGAGCAAGCGCCAACUGGCCCUUCAGCAAAAGGGCCAGCAGGUGAUUGAGGAGCAGCGGAGGCGCUUGGCCGACCUGAAGCAGAAAGCGGCGGCUGAGGCUCAGUCCCAGUGGGAGGCCCUGCAUGGGCAGCCCCUUCCCCCUUCUCCGUACUCCCCCCUCAUCCACCACUCCAUCCUCCAUCACCACCCACCGGGGGGCCUGGGCCUGCGUGCCAACGACGACAGGGAGCGUGCCUACGACACCCUCAGCCUGGAGAGCUCCGACAGCCUCGACACCAACCUGUCCACGAGCGGCAACUCCGCCUGCUCCCCGGACAACGUCUCCAGCGCCAGCGGGGCAGAUGCAGGGAAGAUCGAGGAGAUGGAGAAGAUGCUGAAGGAGGCCCACGCAGAGAAGUCGCGCAUGAUGGAAUCGCGGGAGCAAGAGAUGGAGCUGCGGCGCCAGGCCCUGGAGGAUGAGCGGCGGAGGCGGGAGCAGCUGGAGCGGCGUCUGCAGGAUGAGACGGCGCGACGGCAGAAGCUCAUCGAGAAGGAGGUCAAGAUGCGAGAAAAGCAGUUUGCCCAGGCCCGCCCUCUGACACGUUACCUGCCCAUCCGCAAAGAGGACUUCGACCUGCGUUCGCACAUUGAAUCAUCUGGCCACAGCGUGGACACCUGCAGCCACGUCAUCCUCUCUGAGAAGAUGUGCAAAGGCUACCUGGUCAAGAUGGGGGGUAAAAUCAAGUCCUGGAAGAAACGAUGGUUCGUUUUUGACCGCUUGCGGCGCACUCUCUCCUACUACGCAGACAAGCAUGAGACGAAGCUCAAGGGCCUCAUCUACUUCCAGGCCAUUGAGGAGGUUUAUUACGACCACCUGCGCAGCGCAGCCAAGAAGGGAUUCUUCUCUCUCAGCCUGGCCAGUCACCUAGCCGACUUUCUCCCUGCCCCCUUCAGUGGAGAGAGCCCCAACCCUGCCCUCACCUUCUGCGUCAAGACUCACGACCGCCUCUACUACAUGGUGGCCCCAUCGGCCGAGGCCAUGCGCAUUUGGAUGGAUGUCAUCGUGACAGGAGCCGAGGGCUACACGCAAUUCCAGAACUGACGGAGGGGAGGGCCAGAGGAGCAGAUGCCACCGUGAGCCCUGGCCUGGCUGCCUCUUCCUCUGCGAGGGAGGCAGGAAGAGACACCAGCCGCCCUCGCUUGUACCGACAAGGCUUUAAGGUCACGGCCCUGCCAGGCCUCCAUCACUGCCGCAGAUGCAGGAGGGCAACCUCGUGGGGUCACCUGUGCCAAAGAUCUCAUACUACCCCAGCUCUGCCCCAUGCUCAGUUCCUGUAAAAAAAGUGCUCAGGGCCCACGUAGCAGCAGAAGUCAGCUGGGGGAGACAC